ACAUAUUUUUGAUCAGGUUUGCAGCUGCUUCAUCGGAAAUCCUGCAGGGACUAGUACAACUUCAUGGCAUUGAAGGGCAAAAAACGAACGGCUCCUACUGCCCCAGCACCCUCCAAAAAGCGAAAGCUUCAGGCAAACAGUAAACCAAGGACUGGUACAACACAAUCGAAGAAAGGGAAGGAGCGAGCUGCAGACAGAGGCUAUAUCGAAGUGCCCGGAAACAACGGUGACGCGGAUACCGAAGAUAGUGAUCUCUCCGAAGAGGAUGCUGGUCUCCUCGAGGAGUUUGGAGAUGGCGCGGGAUUCCUAAAUACGCUUGAUCGCAAAGGCAUAUCAACGAGCAAGAAGGAGACUGAGCGUCUGAAACAAUUGAACAAGCCAGUCCGCAAACCAAAAAUGGAUGACUUGCCGUCCAUCGACUCAAAUGAUGAGGACGAAGAGGCCUGGAGCUCUGGUAUUGACGAUGAUAUGGAAACUAUUUCCCAGUCUUCUGUCGAUGACAGUGAUCAGGAUUUAUCUAGUGCAGAUGAUCUAGAUUCCGACGCCGAGAUGUCUUAUGAACGUGUUCCCCGGAAAGUUCAAGCAUCACGCGAGGCAAAGACAGACCGCCAAAUCCAAGGGCUACCAAUCAAGUCAGCGGAUGGGCGAAUACAUUCAACAGGCAUGAAAGUUACAGCUCCUCCAUCGUCGGACGAAGAAGGCAAUGUCACCGAUGAAUCUGAGGAAGAGCAAGAACUGCCCGUUGAAGUAAAUAGAAUAGACGACGUCGCCACCGGGGCCCGCUUUGGUCGUCCCGCCGUCAUCGACGUCGUUGGCAACAAAUCGCGAACAGCCCGUAUACAGGGUGCUAAAGACCAGAUUGCCAGCAUCUGCCAGGAGAUAAUUGCAGAGCCAGAAAAUAGUUUAGGGCUACUUCGCCGGCUUCACACUUUCUCUCUGGAGAAAAUUACGUCUCCUUCCCACCCAGAGCCGGUCUUGAAUCAUAUUGUGAUACGGAAGUUAGCUAUGCUUUCACAGCUCGCCGUUUUCAAGGACACGAUACCCGGCUAUCGGAUACGAGCGUUGACCGAUAAAGAGAAGGCUGAAAAAGUCAGCCAAAUGGUAGCCCGUACCCGAGAUUGGGAGCAGGGCUUUGUGCUUGUGUACCAGAAUUACCUCCGCUCGCUUGAGGCUGAACUCAAAGCCAAGAGCGAACUGGCAGAGCUUGCGCUUAAGUGUAUGUGUACCCUGGCCACUGAGGUCACCCACUUCAAUUUUAGAACCAACUUGAUAACGUGUAUUGUGGCGCGUUUGAGCAAGAAGUCGUGGGAUGAGGCUUCUGAUCUGUGUAUGAACACAUUGAUCAGCGUCUUCCGAGAAGACCAGACUGGUGCCCCUUCCCUGGAAGCCGUCCAGCUCCUAAACCGCAUGAUUAAAGAGAGACACUUUAAUGUGCAUCCUGAAGUACUUACGUGUCUUCUGCAUCUACGCCUCAAGACAGAACUCAAUGUCCGCGCCUCGGACUCCAAAGUUGACAAAAAUAUCCAGUCGAAAGGCAAGGCCGCGGCCCGCCGAGCCAAAGGCAAGCCGACGGAACAACCUCACCUAAGCAAAAAGGCGCAAAAAGUCCUAAAAGAACGGAAGGAGAUCGAGCGUGAGAUGCGCGACGCAGAAGCCGAAGUUGACAAGGAGGAGCGCGCAAACACACACACUGAGACCCUGAAGCUUCUAUUUGUCCUAUAUUUCCGGAUACUCAAACAUCCGCGUCCGACGCCCCUUCUGCCGGCGGCCUUGCGAGGCAUUUCCAAAUUCGCUCACCUUAUCAACAUCGACUUCUUCAAAGAUCUGAUGCAGGUCCUCAAGGAUCUCAUUCUACGCGAAGCACCGGGGCAAAACCCCACUGAUGAUGAUGACUCAGAACCAUUUAGUGUUGACGCCACUACUGACAUUCAACAUCGCCUACUGUGUAUCGUAACCGCGUUUGAGCUUCUUUCAGGACAAGGUGAAGCCCUCAAUAUUGAUCUUACCGACUUCGUCAAUCAUCUAUAUGCAAUCAUACUGCCCGUCAGCAUAUCGAUGCAAGUCGACGCACCUCCACCGAGAGUGUUCGUUUCAAAAUUCGGAAUCUCAAAACCGGCAUCAAUUGCGGACAUGCUCUUUCGAGCGCUGAAUAUUAUUUUUUCUCCGCGAAGUGCUGGGAACACGGCGAUACAUUCGAGAUCAGCAGCGUUUGGCAAACGCCUACUGAUUGCGUCACUCAACUGGCCGCCGAGCUCCGCCCUCCGCGCACUAGAAUUUGUGGAAAGUUUGGUCGCCAAGGACCCGAAACUCGAGGCUUUGUUGUCAACUGAAGAUAGGCGAGUUGAUGGUAUAUACCUUCCUGAAGUUGACGACCCUCAACUGUGUCAUCCGUUUGGGACGAGUUUCUGGGAGCUGUCCCUUCUGCAACAGCACCAUUACGAUAGUCGAGUACGUGAAGCCGCCCGCAGUUUGUCCAAUUAUACAAGAUCGUAACAACACGUAGAAUGACAUAUUAUGG